GGAGCGCACCCCCGGCCAGCUCGCACUGAAGGUGAAGACUAACGCUGGUCGUUAAUAGCAAGAAGCGGGACGCCGUGUUUUUUCCUAACUAUAAUUUAAAUGACUCUUGAAAAGAAACUUAAUAUCUCUUUUAUCGAGAAGCCAUGGAUCAAUGGACUUUAAAGUCACAUGGCAUGGAUUUAGAAGAAGAAUUUUACUCCUUCGAUUUUGAUGCAGGAGAAUUGUCUGUGUACCAGGACCCCGCCGAACUUUUGAUCGCUCUGAAGCAGAAAGAGGAAGAAGUAAUUCUGGCUGCCGAGCUGGGAAAGGCGCUCCUGCUGGAAAACCGGCAGCUAAAAGAGGAGAGUGACAAGCUUCAUGAACAAUACACUGACAAGCUGGAGGAGCUGGAGCAGGGUAGGCAUGAGCUGCAGCUGAAGCUGACCAGCUGUCAGGCGGAGCAGGGGACCCAGGUGGCAGAGCUGGAGAGCGAUGUGCAGGAGCUGAAUGCCCAGGUGAAGCAGCUGACCCGAGCCUUGAACCAGGCCAAGAGGGACGAGAAGAGGGCCCAGGAGGAGCUUUCGGAGCAGACCCGGUGCUUCCAAGAGCGGCUGGAAAAUGCCACAGCAGGAGAGCAGAUGCUGCUGGCGAAGCUGCAGGCCGUGAAGCAGAAACUCUGGGAGAAGGAAAACGUUCAGCUUCAAGAUGAGCAACUUCAGAGAACCAUGAGGGAGCAGGUGCCACAGAAGGAGCAGGCUCAGGAGCGCCAUCUGGAGGCUAUUUACCGGGAAAAUGAGGAGCUGCGGGAGAGCCUGGCCACCCUGAAUGCCCACCUGGUCCUGCAGGAGCAGCGUGCCGAGCAGCAGAGACAGCAGUUGGAGGAGGCUCAGCAGGAGGCAGAAGCAGCCCGUGGACAGAGCCAGCAGCUGCAGGCCCAGCUGGAGGAGCUGCAGGAGAAGAUGAGCCCCCCGGGGGCCACAGAGACGUCCCUGCUGUGCGAACUGGAGACGAGCGUCGCGGCCAAAGCCUGGGCCCUGGACAAGGAGCAGGUGACACAGGAGCUGCUGUCCAUGCUAAGAAAACUCCUCCCGCUGACUGACCAGGGGAGGAGUCCGGAUGAGGACUCCCGGGGCCCGGAUGACGGGCUUUUGGCCAUUCUGCUGUAUCUGAAACGAGUGGUCCGUGACCAGGCUUAUGGCGCCAGGCUUCAGAACAUGAAUCUUUCUCUUGUUGCCGAGAUGAGCGAUCCGAGUGAGAAUCCGGGGUCGGUGGAGGACCUGCUGGCUCAGAACGCGGAGUUGAAGGAGGAGGUCACUGAACUGAAACUGCACAUCGAGAACAACCAGCAGGUGGCGCUGGUGCAGCAGGCAAUCCGCGACCGAGACGAAGCCAUCGCAAAGAAGAACGCCAUGGAGGAGGAGCUGUUCCGCAGCAAAAACGAUCUGAUGUCUUUGAACAAUCAGCUGCUGGAGGCCAUUCAGCGCAAGCUGGAGCUGUCUCAGGAGCUGGAGGCGUGGCAGGAUGACAUCCAGGUGAUCCUGAACCAGCAGAUCCUGACCCAGCAGCAGACUGAGCAGCCCCAGAGGAAGCCAGCCAUAAACCCGCUGGCCUUCUUGCGGCGGCCCAGCGCCCCCACCCUGACGUUGCGACGUGCCUCCACCUUCUGGCUGGCCUCCGAGCCCGGCCCGGAGCGGGUGCACGUGCCCUGGAAGGACUGGCUGAAACGCGGGAAGACGGCCUAGCGGCGUGUGAGCAGCAGGAGCAAUGGGAACAGGUCACGCCGGAACAGGGAAAGGGAGCGAGCAGGGCUGCCGCUGGCCGGAUCCUGGCAUCUGGCUGGAACACGGAGAAGGCGGGGGUCUGCAACUUCCCUGACAUCAGGAUGCAGCAUGUUUAGGGAACAUCAACACUACACCAUACCCCGGUUUCCACACCAAACACCAUGCUCUGAAAUGCUCCCCUUGAUCAAAGUGAAAGAGACGGACGUCGAUUUUCCUUUUGAAGUAAACUUACUGCAAAAUGAGAAAUGUUAAUUUUUUUAUAUAUCUUUAGUUUUAUUGCUUUUAGAAAGAAAAUUUUGUUUUUUGUGGUUUUUUUUUUUAAAGUUAUGUAAGAGUUUGUUUUAUACAAGGCUAAUUGAAGGACAGUGUUGCUAAAACAGGUCAGCAUUCCUUGGGCCAGCUGCCACUUCUACGCAAAGGCAACGUGUUUAGCUGAAGAAACGAUUUUACAAUGGCCUUUCACAUACAGCUGUGUGCCAUUAAGGACAAAAUCUAAAGAUUAGCAAUAAAACAUUUUCCUAAACACCUGGCCAACAUAAGUUCUUAAAAGAUUAUUGAAUAACUAUAUGAAGUGUCUCUCUAUUAAUAUCAUGUAUAAUAUGUUAAAUAUCUUGCGAAAUGCUUACUAUAAUUCUGUCAUUAAGCGCGGAUCAAACUGGCCAAGUAGGCGGUCGCUUUGGGCGUCAUCUUCUAACGGGGCGCGGACUUAGCGAGCCAAUUUCGCUUAGUCUCGGAAAUCGCGCCCCUAGGGGGCCCGCAGUGAAACUUAUUCUUCUACCGACCAAAUUCUCUAUCAAUCUGUGACUGCAUACGUUGUGUACAUAAAUAUUUCUGUUUUCUGUGUUACAGACCAGAAUCGAUCACAAGUAACAUUUUGGCGUCGGGUGCAAUAUGCGAGCUUGUAAAUGACAUAAGUAUUUAAGUGCGGGAUGGUGCGCUGGCACACCUGUCUGUCAGCGGGACUGUACUGGAAUUCCUGUCACCUGCCUUUUAUGUACAUAUUUUUACACGUAAUGUGUUUUCUUUGUAAGUUUUAAUACACGUUUUGUGUAUUUUCUAAAACUAGCCUAUACUGGGUCAGGAAGUGUGUAGUACACACCAAGCAAUGGGAAAGAACGGCUAAAAUUGCGUUUUAAUAUAUGCAAGGUAUUCUUGUAGUACUGAGAGGAUUUUUCGAAAUUCAAGAGAAAAGAUUAAUCAGAGCCGCUCAUGAUGCUAAAUAAAACGGUGUUUCCGUA